UUUCCCGGAAACUUUCCGAAACCCCGGAACCUGGAUAGAAGACAACGGAGAGUCGAAGAAGGCGGGCUUUAGAAGACGGCAUACAGGCUGCGGGGCCGGCAGCUGUAGCGAGGCCUGGUGCAUGGCGGUCAGGCGGCGGACUCGGCCCUCCACAGUUGGCAGAGCUGGAAAAAAUCUUGCUGAAAACCUGGGCAGCUAUCACCUCACCCUGCUUGUUGUGGGGAAAAUAAGAGGAAGUAGUAUUAGGUUUAAAAAGUACACGUAGUCCUCGACUUACAACAGUUCAUUUAGUGACUCUUCGAAGUUACAAUGGCACUGAAAAACUGCGUCAGUGGGAACAACUUUCAAUGUUGAAUACAUGACUAAGGAGCUGCUACCAGAACAAAAUGGAGAGCUUGAGUCUGCAGGCGAUGACCCUUUCUGAUGGGACAACAGCCUAUGUUCAACAGGAUGCAGUUGAAGAAGAGAAAUUAGUUGAUGGACAAGUGAUUGAACUUGAAGAUGGAUCCACAGCUUUUUUCCAAGAAGUAACGCUGCAGAAAGAAUCGAUCACAUUUGAAGAUGGUCAGCCUGUUGCACUGGAAGAUGGCACCAUGGCUUUUAUACAUCACACUCCCAAAGAGGGUUUUGACCCCAACACCUUGGAGGCCAUCCAGCUGGAAGAUGGAUCCACAGCUUUUAUACAUCGUCCUGUUCCCACGACAAUGGAUGGCACCAUCCUGGCAGUGCAAGAAGAUGGGCUGGAGGAAUUAGCAGUAGGGAAGAAAGAGGAUGCUUUUGAUGUAGAUACCGAUACCACUCUGAAGGAUUAUGCCAGCAAGCAAGACUUCCAGAAGGAAGAAGUGCAGAGCACUGGAAAUGGACCAAGAACUCCUGACAAAGCUUAUUGUUGUAGAUACAGUGGGUGUAGUCGCCUCUUCACCACAUCCCACCAUUUGAAGGUUCAUGAGCGUGUCCAUACAGGCGAUCGUCCAUACCAGUGUGAUUUUACAAGCUGUGGGAAAACUUUUGCUACAGGAUACAGUCUAAAGAGCCAUAUGAGAACCCACACUGGUGAGAAGCCAUACAAGUGCCAAGAAGAUUUAUGCACCAAAGCCUUCAAGACUUCUGGAGAUCUCCAGAAACAUAUCCGAACACAUACUGGUGAGCGGCCUUUCCGGUGCCCUUUUGAAGGCUGUGGCCGCUCUUUUACCACCUCCAAUAUACGCAAGGUCCACAUACGAACACACACAGGAGAGCGACCAUAUAUGUGCUCAGAGCCCAACUGUGGAAGGGGUUUCACUAGUGCCACCAACUAUAAAAAUCACAUGAGAAUCCAUACAGGGGAGAAACCAUAUGCAUGCAUGGUACCAGGCUGUGGAAAAUGCUUCACAGAAUAUUCUAGUCUCUACAAACACCAUGUUGUUCACACACAUUGCAAACCAUAUACUUGCAACACCUGUGGCAAAACCUAUCGGCAAACUUCUACUUUGGCAAUGCAUAAACGUACCGUGCAUGGGGAGCUGGAGGCCAUGGAUGACAGUGAGCAAGCUCUCUAUGAACAUCAGAUGGAAGAUACCAUAGUGAAUAACAACAGGCCUAUUGUUUCUAUGAAGAUGGAAGACGAAGUGCAAGAAAAUUCCAUGCCAUCGGCAGCAGCUCUUGUUUCUCAGGAUGGUCUAGAGCAAGUAUGAAGGACAAUGGGAGGAGUUGGAAAUGCAACAGAGCCUGGAAAGUACAAUCAACAUGACAACUACAGCAGUUCACCAAGAAGCUGCAACUCUGAAAACAGCUACAUUGAAAAAUGGAUGUUGAGAUUUUAUCUUUAACACUUGACAGGAGUGAAGAGCUAUGUAGAAACAAAAGUCAUUGGACAGACAACAGAUUCUACAGGGGCCUGCAGUUCAGGAGUCAGAUGACCGGGAACUAAAUGCCCAUUGGACCUGGAGAUAAUUUUUAAGAAUAUGUUCACUGCUAGUCAGUAGAUAUUGAUAACUGACAAGAAACAACACUUUUGCCUGACACUUUUUAAACAAAUGGACCUGUGAUAAGCUUUAAGAAAUCAACUCCUCUGAGAUAGGGUUUGUCUUAUCAUUUGGAACUUUUUCAUUUCUGCUACAUAUUAAUGGAAUGACCACUUUUGGAUUAAAAAACAUUUAAGAUUGGACUUUUAUUGGAUUUCAGCAACAAGAACUUUUAUCAUUUCAGAAUGUUAUAAUGUAUGUGUUUAGUGGUGAAUGUCCAGAAAGGGAUCACAGCUACUCCAUAUCCUAGAAGCAGUGUUUCUCAACUCAGCAAUUUUAAGAUGGGUGGACUUCAACUCUCAGAAUGCUAGAAGUUGAAGUCUACACAUCUUAAAGUUGCCAAGGUUGAGAAACACUGUUCUAGAGAAGUAUCAGCAGUAUAAAAGCAAUGAAGUGUCCUCUAGAUGGGAAUAUCAGUGGAAGUUCCAAGAUAUAUGGCUAUAUGGCUAUGGAAACAAGCAAUAGCAUUAUGGAAGCUUUCCUCCCCACCCCCACCCCAAAUAUACCAGUGUUGCCUCUAAAUCUUAGCAAGAGUCUAAAUUGACAAAAUCUACACUGAAAUUGGGGGUAUAUUAAAUUGGUUCUGUGUAAAGUUUUAUUUUCUUUCACUCUGAAGAGAUAAUAGAAGGUUUGGAUAUGUAUUUAAUAAAAAACUGAAAUUGUUUUUCUAUUUUCAAUACCAGUAACAACUUCAGCUUUACCAUUCUAUUCCUCUUUUAGUCCCAUAUACUUAUUCAUUUGGAAAAUUAAGUAUAGAUUUUCCUGCCCCCAGGAAUCCUAACGACAAGAUCAGGAGGGGAUUUUAAACUUGUUCCUACCACUAGUGAUUAAUAUAAAAAAACAUGUUUCUUUGUUGCUAAUUAAUAGCCAAGAAGCAGUAAUUUUUUUAUCAAGAAUUGUGGUGGUGGUAGAGAAAAGGGACUUUUCAGUAUAUAUCCAAUCCUAAUGAAAAUGGUCAUUUCCCAAUGGUAAUAAGUGUUGUUUGAUUAUCAGACAGGAUAUGGUAUUCUGCCAUCAAAAUGCAUGUUAUAUAAUCUGAAAGAAGAAAACAGUUUAUUUUAAGAUUGUUUUAAAAGCAUCAUCUACUACAUUUGCAACUGAUGAUUUCUUGUAUUACUGUCUGCUGUAAUUCAUGAAAUAAUAUUGUAUUGCUAAGUAUAUGGAUAAUAUCUCCUAUUCUGCUGUUCAGUUACAAGCUUUGACAUGUACAAUGCGAUUUGACUUUUCGGUAGGACCUCAUCUACUUUAGGCUUGUAUCCUUGGAAAUAUUCCACUAUACAAUUGUGAAACUUUACUCAGCCAUUGCCCCUUUCUUUUGUGUUUAUACUUGAUCCCAGCACUUAAUUCCAAAACAAUAAUGUUACAGUAUGUGGUUAAGCUGCAACACUGAAAUAGAAGUUGGCUUAAGAAAAAUGAGUGUUCCUCUUUGUGCUCCGAUUCUCUCCUUUGAGAAGGAGGUCAAAGAAUAAAGAGAAUUAAUGAA